GCGAAAAGUGAAGUGAUCCAAAAAAAAGAAAGAAAAAAAGAAAAGUGAAGUGAGUGAAAGUAGUGGUGAGGGCUCUCAGGUGCCGAAGGAGGCAAUCAGCGAUCCCUCGACAAAAAGUGGUCUCAGGCGAACGCUGAGCAGAGGCGAGCAAAGGCGAGCAAAGGCGAGCAGAGGUGCUUCAUCGCUCCUCUCGGGUAUGAGAACAUUGACAGACGGCGAUGGCGAUCUCCCACGCAGUUCCCGCGCGAGGACUGGUGGUCCCCCCAAUUGUAGUACCGAUGGCACGUGCAGUGUUCGCGAGGGCCUUCGACUUUUCUGCCGCAAUUGUCAAGAAUGCUGGGUCGACUGGUGCGUCUCACUUGGUCUUGCUAUUGUCGUAGCGGUCGUGUUGAAGCGUAUAAGGCCAUUUGAGAGGUAUAUCGACGAAAUGACCCUGAAGAACGAGCGGUACCCCAUGAUGGGAAGCAGCACGGUGCCUUCUGCUGCGCUUCCUGGCAUUGCAAUAGGCCUUCCACUGGCCGUCUUUGGGGUCCAAUUCUGGAGGAAAAGAGAUGGCAACGAACUCCAUAGUGCGGUGAUUGGAUGCAUCUAUACGGUGGUUCUGACCUGGUUCAUCACGGACAGCAUCAAGCCAUUGAUAGGAAGGCCAAGACCAGACUUCGCUGCAAGGUGCUUUCCAGAUGGGGUUAAGCGAUUUGGACCUGAUGGGAAUGUGCAGUGUACGGGGGAUGAAGCUGUUGUAAGGGAGGGGAGGUUGAGCUUCCCUAGUGGCCAUUCGGCUUUGUCGUUUGCGGGAAUGUCUUACCUCUUCUUCUUCCUGUCAGAGAGACUACUGGGCAAAUCGACGAGAGAGAGAGGUGGAGGGUUAUGGUGGUUGGUUCUGGCAUUGAUCCCGCUUGCAAUUGCGACGUUGGUGGCAAUGACGAGAGUGGAGAACUACAGGCAUCACUGGGAUGAUUGCGUUGUGGGCAGUUUGAUAGGCAUCGUGAUGGCGAGAACGGUGUACCUGAUGCAACGAAUCUGGUCAGAAGAGAAGAAGGGAAAAGGAUACGAGACUUAUCGCAUAUACCCGGACGCACACGGAAGUGAUAGGGAGGAUGCUAUGACGAGAGAGUUGCUGCUUCCGUGAGGCGUCCAAGAGAGAGAGAGAGAGAGAGAGAGAGAGAGAGAGAGAGAGAGAGAGAGAGAGUUGCUGCUUCCUUGAGGGGUCCAAGAGAAGAUCACUCCAAGGUGAUGCUUCCCUUCUUUCAGACACAUAGGAAGAUGCACAUGCGCCGUCCGCACGUUGUGUUGCUCUUGCAAGUGCCAGCGGGGCUGU